AUGGGCAUGGAUCGAGAAGUAGGCGAGGGCGAGGGUGAGGCGGCAGAGACGGACAAGGACCUGUGUGUGGGCAUGGACAGAGAGGUCGGCAAGGGUGGGGCGGCGGAGGGUGAGGCCAAAGGCCUCGAGACAUGGGCAAUUUUUGUUGCUAUUCUCAUCUCCCUGGGCUUCUGCUACUCAGAAAAAGCACCAAACUACACCUUCGUGAGGGAUGCAACGCAGGCCCCGGCCAUCUCCUACUACGACUACAUCAUCGUCGGCGGCGGCACCGCGGGGUGCCCGAUCGCUGCCACCCUCUCGGAGGGCUCGACAGUGCUCCUCCUCGAGCGCGGCGCCUCCCCCUACGGCAACCGCAACAUCUCCAACUCCGCCUUCUUCGCCGACACCCUCGCCGACACCUCCCCCUCCUCCCCCUCGCAGCGCUUCGUCUCCGAGGACGGCGUCAUCAACGCCCGCGCCCGCGUCCUCGGCGGCGGCAGCUGCCUCAACGCCGGCUUCUACACCCGCGCCAGCGACGCCUACGUCCGCGAGGCCGCCUGGCGGCCCGCGCUCGUGCGCGAGGCCUACCGCUGGGUCGAGCGGAAGGUGGCGCAACGCCCGGCGAUACGGCAGUGGCAGUCUGCCCUCCGGGAUGGGCUCGUCCAGGCCGGCGUCACGCCGUACAACGGAUUCACCUACGAUCACGUCUACGGGACGAAGGUCGGAGGCACGAUAUUCGACGCGGGCGGCAACCGGCGCUCUGCGGCGGACCUGCUCGAGUACGCGCACCCGGAGAGGCUCACGGUGCUGCUGCGUGCGACCGUGGCGAAGAUACGUUUCAAGCUCAGAGGAAAAGUAAGGCCAACGGCGCAUGGCGUCGUGUUCCGGGACUCGGCCGGCAAGAAGCACCGCGCAUACCUAAACAAAGGAUCCAAGAACGAGAUCAUCGUGUCCGCGGGGGCGAUCGGGAGCCCGCAGGUGCUGAUGCUGAGCGGCGUGGGGCCGCGGGGCCAACUUGAGUCGCUCGGCAUCAACGUGGUCGUCGACCAGCCGAUGGUCGGCGUCGGGAUGUCCGAUAACCCGAUGAACGCCGUGUUCGUCCCGUCGCCGACCCUGGUCGAGGUCUCCCUCAUCCAGGUGGUGGGCAUCACCCAGUUCGGGAGCUUCAUUGAGGGCGCCAGUGGAUCAGAUUUUGAUACAGCAGCCCCUAACUCCCAACUGCCGCGCAGCAGGAAUUUUGGCAUGUUCUCUCCUCAGACCGGCCAACUGUCUACUGUCCCUCCGAAGCAGCGAACUCCGGAAGCGAUAGCCAAAGCCGUCGAGGCCAUGAACAGCCUCGACGACUCCUACUUCCAGGGCGGGUUCAUCCUCGAGAAGAUCAUCGGGCCGCUCUCGACGGGCCACCUCGAGCUCCGGUCGAGGAACCCCGACGCGAACCCCGCCGUGACCUUCAACUACUUCCAGGAGCCCGAGGACCUCCGGCGCUGCGUCGACGGCAUCCGGACCAUCGAGCGCGUCGUCGCGUCCGACGCCUUCGCCAAAUUCACGUAUGCCUACCUCCCGGAGGCCGGCCUGCUGAACAUCUCCAAGGAUUUUCCGGUGAAUCUGCUUCCCAAGCACCAGAAUGAUUCGCGGUCUUUGGAGCAGUACUGUAAAGAUACUGUGAUGACUAUCUGGCACUAUCAUGGGGGCUGCCGAGUGGGGGGAGUAGUCGACGCAGACUACCGAGUUCUUGGCGCGGAUGCCCUGCGUGUUGUUGACAGUUCUACUUUCAUCUACUCUCCGGGGACUAAUCCGCAGGCGACCGUCAUGAUGCUCGGGAGGUACAUGGGAGUCAAAAUCCUGAACGAGAGACUAGAGCCGUGGACGCUUUUGCUGCCUUUGGUCGUCAAGCUGGGGCAGGGCAUCCUUUUUGGAGUUCAGAAAGCAUACAACAAUGACGGCAAUCCAGUUCGCGCCCACCCUUCCAUCUGA